AGAGAGAGACUCUGACUCUGACUCGCCAGCAUUCCGCACUCAAGCCCCCGAUGCUGCGCUCAGAGCUCCGAGAUCCGCGCCGCUCCAAGGAUGUUCCUCUCGGAUGUGGCCGCUCAGUGCGCGCUCCUGCUCGGGUUCACCUGCCUGGCUGCUUUCGCUCACACGUCCCCUCAUUUCUCAGGUUACCUGUUGCACGUGUUGCGUAACUACACAGACGAGGUGUGUGAUGGUGAGCUCCUGACCGUACACUGCCCUCCCAGAACCACCAUCACCGUCCAAUCAGCUUUCUACGGCAGGAGAAGCUCCACCCACUCGCUGUUCUGUCCACCGCAAUACAGCAUCAGCGGGCCACGCCCACUGAGUGGGGUCACUUCCUGUCACGUGGCAACAGCUCUGCAGAAGAUGACGGAUGAGUGUGAGAACAGGAGGAGUUGUGAGCUUUUGGUGAACAGUCGGUUGUUUGGAACAGAUCCAUGUCCAUCUCUGGGCAAAUCCCUCACUCUGCAGUACAAAUGCAGACCUAAUGAGUAUAAGAGUAAGGUGGUGUGUGAGGGAGAGAAGAUGAGGGUGAGCUGUAAGACGGGGAUGCAGAUCGCCGUGUUCUCGACCAUGUUCGGCCGGACGCAGGAGGGGAGACUGGAGUGUCCUCCACACCAGCGGAGGGCGCCGUCUGUGGACUGUCAUGCGGAAGGGGCCCUGCAGGUGAUGACAUCACGUUGCCACGGGAAACGCACGUGUAUGGUUCGAGCCUCGACACAGGAGUUCGGGGACCCCUGUUACGCCGGGACUCGCAAAUACCUCAGUGUUAUAUACACCUGUGUUCCUACCAAGCUCCUGCAGGAUUCGGUCGAGACCGCUUCCUUUGCGCCGCCCCCUUCCCAACCACAUGAUCCCAACGUGGUUGGAGACGGCGCACCCCCUGACGGGAACCCAUCCGCAACCUCUGUCCCUGCACCAGGGAAAUCUAAGCGAGGGAAGUCUGACUCUGACUCCGAGAAAAAAACUGAUUCUGAAGACCGACCUGGACAGGAAGUAGAGAGAGAAAGAGACAUCAAAUCAGAGACGGUGCCCAGAGACCCAAAUCCUGCCAUCAGCACUGUGUUCAGGAAAAAGAUGACGCUCAUCAGCAACGGCCUCGCUGCCUACACCUACAUCACUGAGCACCCAGAGCGCUGUGCGCUGUACUUCAUGUGUGGUGUGUGUGUCGGUCUCUUCCUCACACUCUUCGCACUGGUGGUGCAGAUCUCCUGCCGGACGGAGUGUAAACAGCGGCAAGCCGUCGCGAAAAAGCGGCCUCGCCCCGCCGACUCGGACUCCAACUCUGACUCCGAUUCAGACUGGGACUCUGGCUCAGACCUGUCGUCACGGCGACGGCGGCGCUUCGAGCGCACGCUUAACACCAACGUGUUCACCUCGGCCGAGGAGCUGGAGAGAGCGCAGCGACUGGAGGAGCGGGAGCGAAUCAUCCGCGAGAUCUGGAUGAACGGACAGCCUGACGUCCCGGGAACACGGAGCCUCAACCGCUACUACUAAAACACACAGAGAAUUAAAUACUCUCUUUAUUUUUACAGAGAUCACAAACCGUAACCUCGCACUGAAAGUGUGCGUACACCUGCUAACACUUUACCCUUCACUGUUCUGAGGUCAACGGUCAGGCCAAUAUGACCACUUCCUAAAGCUAACGAGAGACGUAGUCCAAGUGGAGGACAGCAGCUGAUAUUUUACCAAUACUAGCCUUGGGCAGCUCUGAAAGACUGAAUAAGGAGCUCCAGAACUCUGAUUGGUCCAUUCCUUCUGCCUGUCAGGCUGGGAGGCGGGACUGUAGAGGACGAGACUAAAGGUGUAAAGACUAUCAGGAACUCUCUGGUAGAAACGAUGCAUUGUGGCCAUUUCCUGAUGAUCCUGAAAGCGUCAUUAAUUGAGAAGACGUGCAUUUGAGCGUGUUUGUUUGCUAGCUGGCUCACUAGCUACAACCACCACAGAACGCUUCAUGCUGGAUGCACCUUCUACUACAGCCGGGGAAAUGGUGCUGCCUAUGAACUUUUAAAAACAAAACAAAUAUAUAAAUAUAUAUAUAUAUAUAUAUAUAGUGAGAGAGAAAUGCUUGGAAUUCAUCUCAGCCCUUAUAAAGUAUAUAUUUUGAAUAUUUAAUAUUUUGUAUUGUUCCCUGAAUAGUUAUGAUGUAUUUUUAUACCAUGGCAGCGUUUUGUUUUUUGUGCGCGUGUUUGAUAGCUCAGGGAUGUAAUCCGAGUGUUUCCGUGUUAAACGAUCCUUACGGUUUUUUAUUCUUAAAGAAAACGGGACGUUCUUUACUGCAGAACUUUCCGGACUUUAAACCUCAAAGAGGUCAUGGGGUUUUUUUGUUGUUGUUGAACAGGACGUUUUAUACAAAAGGAAAAAAAAGAAAGGAAGGUCACGUGCAUUAUUCCGUACGCCGGACAUCAAGUAGCGUGACAUUUCCUGCGACGUGGCAUUUUACGACGGUUUCCUAGCAACAGAACAAGAGCGACUGUUACGAAUGCAAAGUGGGUGGGGCUAAGUGAUGUCACAGAAAUGAAAAGAAAAGAAGAAAAAUUCAGCAGCUACCAUUCCGCGAGAUACAGAGGGGUGUUUCUGUUCUCCCCCCUGACACUCCAUGUGCUUUCCACUAGAAGCUUCGAUUGUUUACACAAAACAUCACACACACAUUUUUAUAUUUUUCAGCCAUCACGUGACCGGAUUGCACCUAGCUUGCGCGAAUAUCGUACUAGCCUGGAGGACCCACUGAAACCAUGGCAACAGGUUAAAGACAGGCUACACGCCCCCCCAGCCGGUCAAAAACAUUCACAUUUCUCACGUUCAUCCAGAGCGACUUACAAAUUAUCUCAUUUUUAUACAAUUGAGGGUUAAGGGCCUUGCUCAGGGGCCCAGCAGUGACCACUUGGUGGACCUGGGAUUCACCACCUUCUAAUCAAUAGUCCAACGUAUUAGCCACUAAGCUACCAAAAGUAACGUGAGAGCAGUAACACCAUGUUGCUAAUUUGUUGCCAUAGCAACCAGGUUUCUGAGCCUGUCACUGACAGUCCCUCGUGUUCUAAAGGGAACAAGGAGCAGAUUUGACUGGAUAUUCGAACAAGUGUUCGCUCUAACUCCGCCCCCUUUUUUAUCUCUAGUUGUCACGAGUGUAUUUCUGUCACCAACACCUUAUUUUCUUUUUCUUUUUUGUCCCCCCAUAUCUGUUCGACUCCGGUCACCCGAGUACCUCGAGCAGGUUAUGAUAUAACCGACGGCUGCGUGAUGGAGAUCCUCGUACCAGGUGAAGUGGUGUGUGUAAGAAGAAACGAUAAAGCAGGCUGUUUUUUUCCACUGCACCAUUUCAACACGAGAGAAGCCAAAAGAAACCCCCUGAGCGGCGCGGAACAGUCGGUGUGGACGUUUCCAUCUGCCUUAAACGUGUAAAUGAGGGGAAAAAAACAUGAAUGGAAAAAUCCUGAACACUGAUUCAGACAUACAGCUAAACACAAACAUGGCCAAAGAGGACGUCGUGUGGAAACAGCUUUUUGUUUUGUUUUAAUUAACCAAGCGACAUUAAUGCCAAAAGCACUUAGUGCAGAUGAAGAGACGGACAUGGACCAGUCAGCUCUAAUCAGAACCUGGAGGUGCUGAUACCAGAACCGUGGAUUAGCUGGAGAUGAGGGGAAAGUGCAUUUCUGGUUGUCUGUAGUGAUGCAGUGUAGAAAAACAGCAUCUACAAUUCAUAACCCUAAAUAAGUACACCGUUUCUCAAAUCCAAGCAUCAUCGCUCACGUUAGUGAUGUACAAGGGUCACGUCAUUCUUCACCUAAAUUCACACAAACACAACAAUGAAGUAAACCAGGUUUCCUCACAGCCUGCUGCAGUCCUUACUGCUCUACACGUAUGAAUUGAACCCUGCUCUCCAGUGGACGUGUAGUACACCAGCCAGGCUACAGCAAGCAUGUUCUCCUCUAGCGCUCAAAUACAGGGAGUAGGGAGCUGAAAGGAGCUCUGUACUGAAGCCGGUCAUUAUUUUAUAACCCUUACAGAGUGCACUACCAUCCGUUUGGGAGUCAGAAAUAAUCCCUAAAAUCUGUUUCAAUUUAUUUUAUUUUUUUUAUUUUACCUGCAAACCAGUGCCUUAAAUGCAUUAACCAAAAUGUUUACCUGUGCUUGGAAUAAAUAAACUCCAAACUUUU